AUGGGACGCGGAAAGAUAGCGAUCAAGAGGAUUGAGAACCCAACAACUAGGCAAGUUACCUUUUCAAAGCGACGAGGUGGGCUUUUGAAGAAGACUCAUGAGCUUUCAGUGCUUUGUGAUGCUCAGAUUGGUCUCAUCAUCUUCUCGAGCACUGGCAAGCUGUGCCAGUACUGCACUGAGCCUUUGAGAAUGGAACAAAUCAUUGAAAGGCGGCAGAAGGUCACCGGGACUCGUAUUCCUGAGCACGAUACCCGGGAAGAAUUAUUCAAUGAAUUAGCGGUGCUGAAAAAAGAAACCCGGCGUCUUCAGCUAAGUAUGCGACGCUACACUGGUGAGGACAUGAGUUCCAUACCAUAUGAAGAUCUGGAUCAGCUUGAACAACAACUUGAACUUUCUGUUGAUAAGGUCCGACAAAGAAAGAGUGAGCUCCUGCAACAGCAGCUGGAAAAUCUACGUAGGAAGGAGCGAAUGUUGGAGGAGGAGAACAGCAACAUGUACCGAUGGAUUCAGGAGCACCGACUGGCGAUUGAGUAUCAGCAGGCGGCAUUGGAGGCAAAGCCGGAUGAGUCACAUCAGCAACAAAUCUUGGAUCACUUUCAAUUCUGUGGAGAACAACCCAGUAGUGUGCUUCAGCUGGCAACCAUGUCUAAUCAUAUUCACCCUUAUCAUCUUCAGCUUGCUCAACCCAACCUUCAGGAUUCCAAUAUCUAG